AGUAAACGCAUCCUACUCUUCGAAAUGGGGAAGCGAAUUCUCUUUGCAACCGUACUUUCAUCCUUGGCUAGCUCCGUGCACUGCCAAGUUGCCUCGGCAAAUAUCGACGGUGUUGUGCGUGGGUCCUUCAUAGGACCAGAGCCGGAAACUGUUUCGACAGCAACUCCAGGCAUCGUCAUCGAGGGGCCAAAAUUCAAACUACCCGAGGUCGAUUUGGACUUGCUUAGAACCGGCGUCCAACUUCAGGCAACAACAAUACUAUUUGACAGGAGAGGCGCAGGGCCGGUAAAACUGUCCGCUGACAAAAACGUUCUCUUCAUAUCUGGUUCGCGUGCGAGUCUCAUGAGUGUGGACGAUGCCACCGACACUGUCAGCUUCGGAAGUCACACCACUGUCAACAACGCCGUCACACUGAACGGACCCAUAACCUCAAACGGUCACUCUGACUGGUGGCUAUGGAGCCUCAACACUUUUGACAGCUUUCCUCUCGAAGGAUUUUGGACACCUCAGGAGUUCAGCACCUGUGGCACAAAUGCAGACCACUUUCUUGGGGGGCCCUGCAAGUUCGCGGCGAACAGAGCAACUGGCACGUACCUGAAUGUUCCUCGUCACUCUGAAGUGAAAAUAAAAGCCCGCGUUCACUUCUUUGACGAGUGGACAGGUCAAAAUCUAUACAUGAAGCUCGGGAACACGAUCGUCUGGACAGCGUCGCACAACUGGUGCCCGAAGGGUUUUGCACAAGACUGCGCAAGCCGAGGUGUUGAUGCUUGUGGCCACUCUUACCCAGAUACGCUUUCCAAAUCACUCGAAGUUGCGGUGCCCCAUUCGGCCCCGUUCCUGGCCAUUACCUUCGGAAGCACGUUUGACGACGGUGCAAACCCAUGUACUGCAUCGUGGGGAGUUGACGACGUUGCCAUGUAUCUUCGGUAGAACAUCAGUCAAUGCAUCUCCUCUCUUUGGUGAUUUCAUCCAAAUAUGAUGUCGGGUCGUAACUAUAUUUAUAAAGAAGCCAUGUGUCAUGUGUCGAUAGUUCGUUUAUACGACUUGUAAAUCACACACAAGCGGCCGUUGGUUCGUGGUACACCUGCGCUCCAAAGUGCCACUACAGGCCAACAGAGCAAUGCACAUUAAGACGGAGUUGAAGCCGUAAUCAAGUAGCUUUUGAGGCGGUGACAA